UUGUUACCUUAUGUGUUGACCGAGUUUUAAGCAAGUUUUGAGGGCCAUAUUUGUAAUAGCUCGAUAGAUAUAAAAGGAAUGAACACUUAAAAAUAAAGAGAAAUCCUGCUGGACUGGGUGUUUCAUCAAGUCACUACCGCUGGACGGUCUGAGAUUUUAGCUUAGCUUAAGUUGUGUUACCCUUGUAUGCAGAGCUGCGUUUGACAAGACUGUUGUGUGGUUCACUGUCCCUUAGAUGACCAUGCUGGCCCUCCUGUUGCCCUCCCUGCUGGCUGUCCAAGCUCUCGGUGCUUUGGAGGUGCAGGUUCCUGAAGUUCCUGUGGUGGCGCUCCACGGAAUGGACACCACCCUCAACUGCACCUUUAGCGGCGUCACAACGUUUAACCUGUCGGACAUUUCCGUAUUCUGGCAGCUUUCUGACACUAAACGCAGUGUCCACAGUUACAUGGGGGGUCAGGACCAACUGACUGAACAGGAUGGAAGAUUUGCCAACCGUACCAGUAUGUUCCCAGACCAGCUGACCAGAGGCAAUGCCUCCCUCCUGCUGAGAAAGGUUCGCGUGGUGGAUGAAGGCAGCUACACCUGCUUCGUGCGGGUGGUGGACUACAGCAGCGCUGCUCUGAUUUUGCAAGUUGCUGCGCGCUACACUGUGCCCGAGGUGAUGUGGGACACAGGCUCCAAUCCCCGCCCUGGCGACGAGGUGGCACUGACUUGCCUGGCGUACAGAGGCUACCCCGAGGCAGAGGUGUACUGGCAGGAUGGCACGGGGCGCAACCUGACUGACAACGUGACAAUUUCCCAGGUAGCCAAUGAUGAGGGGCUUUUCAACGUUCGUAGCGUCCUCACAGUCACUCUGGAACCAAAUAGUACCUACACGUGCAGACUGACCAAUCAGCUGAUAGGACAGGAAAGUCACGCCUCAGUCAUUAUCUCAGCCCAGAGUAUGGUGUUUCCUCCGGUGGCACUAUGGGUAACAGUGGGGCUGGCAGUGUGUCUGCUGGGCCUGCUUAUUGCCCUGGCAGCCGUCUGUGGCAGGAAGAUCAAGGAGAGCUGUGAGGAAAUGAAAGCAGCCAAGGAAGCCAAAGAACUUGAGGAAGAUGAAUCCAAGACAGCAAUGACCCCACUGAAGAACCAAAGUUGAGGAGUGCAGGGUGGUGGGCAGGCGGCAAACACCAUGCAGGCAGAAACGAUGGAGGCUGGCUUUAACCAUCGCUGCAGCAAACCCAGCUGAAGCAGGACAGGACGAAACACAGACUGACAAAGAACUUUUCUGGGGCCGCUAUGAUAUUUUCUUUUAAAUGACCUAAGAGCCUUGUUUUUACAUCUUAUCUGCAUGAGUAGUUAGAACACAAUACAUUGUCAUGGUAAGUUCUCUCUGUAAUAACUGAAGACAAACACUGCAAAUGACAAAUGCACAGGUUUUUCAAAAUAUGCCAAAAAUAAAUGAAAAUGCAAAGUUCAUGUGUAAAUACACUGGCUUUAGGACCCUUAAUGUGAGUGUGUGGGACCGAUGCUGUGCUGAACUGAUCAUGAAUCCAGCGCUCCUUUUCUUUUGGUUUUAAAGCACUGUCCCUCCGCUUUUUCUGACUGAUAUCAGCAGAGAUAUAAUCCAAGCAUUUCAGCAGCACCUCCUAGCCCAAGCUCCCCUUUACUGAAGGCGGGCCAUGAAAUGUAUGAAAUGUGGCUGUAAUUGUAUGCGGCGCACUAAAGAGAAAAUCCAUUUGAAGACCAUUGGGUUUGACAAGCUCCCAACUCCGAUGCUGAUUGGAGGUCUGUGCGCUAUGCAUUCGGAGAGGAGCCCCGCACAGCUCCUCAAGCAUAAUGGGAAGUGAAGAGCUUAAGAGAGGAGCUGAAGAGAGGCGCCCAUCAGUGUCUCUGACAGGAGGAGAACACUCUAGCUCCCGUCACUCGACUAUGCACUAAUUAAGGUCUGCCCGUGAAGUAACUUGUACCUGUCAGCGUCUGCAGCUCCCCACAAUCCAAUAAUGUUCAGGGCGAAUUCAAAUUGAAUGCCAGCUAGGCUUGAACAAACUGCAAAUGGUGCAUGGGACACACCCUGGCCUCUCAGUGGCCUGACAGCAUUGUAGUUAGAAAUAGUUUUAAUCAACACACACACUCUCUCAACGGCAAGGUGAAACACAUUACAAAUUUGGAGGAUGUACAA